AUGAAUUCACUCUUCAGUUCGCCGUUAUCCCUCUCCCCCAACAGAACGGAAACCGCCGCCGGAAAAAUCAGGAAGUCAUCAACCUCUCCCCUUUCCAUUCCAGCCGAUACUAAUAAACCUCCCAAGCCCAACAAACUGCGCCGCCUUUCAAUGUCCCUCAACCAGAACCCCAUUAUCGACACCACCAAGUUCCUGGAUUCCAUCACCAAGCUUCUGUGGGGCCAAUCCCUCCCUCCCCAGCUUGUCAUCUCCACCGUCCGCUCCACUUGGACCACAGCCUGGCACGUCAUCAUGUCCCAGAUGGCACCUUCCGACUCCUCCGGCGGUUACAACCGGCCGGCGUCGAAAUUCCGCCUCCAAUCACCGGCGAACUUCCCUCCCGACGCCUCCCUCCAAAGCCUGCAUCUUUAUGUGGGUCUUCCUUGUCCAUGGGCUCACAGGGCCCUUAUAGUCCGAGCGCUUAAGGGCCUUGAAGACGCCAUCCCUGUCUCCAUUGCUUCUCCCGGUAUGGAUGGUAGCUGGGAAUUUAGGGAUAACCCUCCGGCCAAUCUUCAGGGCGGCCGGGGUAAACUUAUUCCGACCUCGGAUAAGGCCCAAGGUUGUAAAACCUUGAGAGAGGUUUAUGGUUUAAGGCGAGGAGGUUAUAAUGGUCGGUCCACUGUUCCAAUGCUGUGGGAUGCCAAGAACAAGAAUGUGAUUUGCAACGAGAGCUAUGAUAUCAUUCAGUUCUUUAAUUCAGGAUUAAAUGGAGUGGCUGGCAAUCCGGGAUUAGACCUUGAACCUCCUUCAUUAACUAAAAAGAUUGAUGAGUGGAAUCAGAUCAUUUACCCCAAUGUGAACAAUGGGGUUUAUAGGUGUGGUUUUGCGCAGAGUCAAGAAGCUUAUGAUACUGCUGUAAAUGAGCUGUUCACUACAUUGGAUAUGAUUGAUGAUCAUUUGGGUGGGUCGAGGUACCUUUGCGGAGAUGAUUUAACGCUUGCAGAUAUCUGUUUGUUUACCACUCUGGUUCGGUUUGAUAUUGUCUACAAUGUUCUGUUCAAGUGCACAAAAAAGAAGCUCAUCGAAUAUCAGAACCUUCAUGCUUACUUGCGAGAUAUUUACCAGAUUCCUAAGGUUGCCGCAACUUGCAAUCUUGUUGCAAUCAUGGAUGGAUACUACAAAACCCUUUUCCCUCUCAAUCCAGGAGGCAUUAGGCCUAUCUUACCUUCACAUUGUCAGGAUGAAGCGCUUUCCAAGCCUCACAACCGGAGUUCGGUGUCAACAGUUGGAGAAGCUGUAAACCUUGGCAUUUGAUGUUCUUUAGUAUAUUAUUGUAAAUUUGAUCAUCUGAUCAUACCAACUCUGGACAUAAUGAAGCCAGAGUAUCCAAAAUUUUGAACCAUAAUGCAUUUAACAAUGAGAUGUAGGCUGAACGCCUGAACUUGAAAUGGUAAGACGUUCCUGGCCGAAGUUACUUAAUGCAGCCGACUCGGAUGCACGAAAGAGAAAAACAUUAGACUUUGCAAGUGCUACUAGUGAAUCAUUCUAAUAAAAAGAACAGUGAAAAUACUUGCAAAGACCAGGGCAUGAAACCAUGCAAAAAUCAUCAGUACAGUAGCAUUAGCCCCCAUCAGUUGAAGUACAAAUAUAAGACCAAAUGAAUCACAAAUCCAAGUCUUCAUCUGCAACUUAAUAGUAAAACAGAAACUACACCAUUUACAAAACAUAUCAGGUCAAUGUCAUCAUCUAAGACUCAAUCUUUCAGGGCAUGGCUGGUUCCUCCUUGAAGUAAUUGCAGUCCAUGCAAGCCUGCAAAGCAAUAAUCUCCAAAAUAGCCCUAGGAAGAUGCAGUAACAGCUGUCUCCCCCACCAAAAAAAAAAAAAGAAAACAUUCAUCUUCUUGAUCUAGAUCCUGCAAAGGGAGGUAAAAACAUUUUUAGUCAAAUCAUUUGACAGAAAAUACUUCAUGAUCAACGGGGCAAUGAAAUCAUAGAUAAAUCAAUCAAAUCGACAAUGUAAUCAAUUUGAGAGAGAACAUCCCCACCCCAUUACAACCUACCCUAACCUGGUCGUAAAAACAUUAGCAUAAAUGGUUGCCACCAAUUCCGUGAACGAACAAAAAUGGAAAGAACAUACACAAGGGGAAAUAAACAGUUUUGUCCAUUCCAUAGAAGGUUAAAGUGGGGUUUCUUAACCUUACCCUUUUUCUUCCAAAAAGUACAACAAUAAUUAAACGUCAUUAAAAGGGAUAGUCCACAUAAUGUAGGGUGAGCCUCCAACAAGUUCAAUGAAAAGUUAGGCAUGGGGAUAAGAGGGAGGAUUCAAGUCCUCUCUUCCACAUUAGGAUAACUACCCAGGGCCAGGGAUGUCCAGGUGGUUUUUAAGACAUUAUCUAGUGCUGUGAGUUACAAGAGUCUAAAUAAUGUGAAAACUUAAAAACUGAGAUGCUGAAAAUAGAAUAUCAUUUCCUCAUCUCAUUUUCUUUCCAUACACAGCUCUUUAUAAUAUUUAUUGAAUUUUCAAACAGUUAAUUUGUAUGUAAAACAAGAAUUGCGCCCCCAGUGAAAAUAUUACUUACUACUUGGACGUCGGAUGUUCCUACAAAACCUGCUGCCACAGUGGCAGCGAAAUGCCUUGACUGGAUGCUCAACAUCGUCAAAAUCAAUACCAUAAUCCUGAAACAACCAUACCUCACUGAUUAAAAAAGGGAGUGGAUAUAAAAUUCUCGAAUUUAGCGUUUUCAGAAGCUGCCAAACAAAUGAGCUUUCAGCAUUCACAUUGAUUCCUCAAAGAGAUUCUCC